ACCAACACUUAGAUUCACACGUACAUCAUGUACUCUCUCGCAACUCGCUCAGCUCUCAGGCGCGCCGUCGCCGCCCCUGUCUCUCAUAGUGCCGCUGUUGCGCAGCGGUACUCGAGCACCAUGCACGAAAAUGACCCAGAGGUUCUGGAGGUCGAGAAGCAGCGUAACUUGAGCAAGAAGCAGCACCAUACUUCAACCCCUAUCAAGAACGCACCUGGUUGGAACCAUUAUCUCGCCAGUGCGUCGGAGGCAGCAGUCAAAGCCGACCGCUCCGACCAUAACCUCCAUGAGCUUCAAGAAGAGACUCUUCAUCACAUCAAACAGCGUCACGGACACGGCGAGUCUACAGUGGCCGAGCCGUCCGAUGUGCCACCAAAGAGCGGUAACAACAAAGGUGCGGUUAGCGGAGAAGAGCGUGUGGACGCUUACGAAGCCACUUACGAAAGGGACGAGAUGACUGGCCCACUGAAGCAUUCUGCUAAGAUGGAAGGCACGGAGCGCGACGUAUACAAGCAGAGAGUUGACAGGAAAGAGUCUGAUCUUCCCGGAGGCAUGUAAAUGAGCGUUGUAUGGGUCUUGGGAUGGUUGACUGUCUUCCUCAAACGAAUCGCCAUAGCUCAUCGACUCCAAAGCAUUGUUGUAAUUAUAUUUGCACUGUCAUCAUCGGAUCUCAUUGUCUC